AUGUUCCACGGGGGCGGAAGUGGCGGGUACGGCGCAAGUUCCGAUUACCAGCAGCAGUCCCAGCAGCAACAGCAGCAACACGGGCAGCAACUCCAGGCGCCUGUCUACGUUCCAUCGUCUAGACCAGCGAUUCCAUCUGCAGCCACAGCGGCGCAAUAUCAUUCCUUUCCUACUUCGCCCUCGCCAGCAUGGGAAAAGACAGCAUCCUGGCAACAUGGAGUGGAAACGUACGCGGCGCAUCACGCGCUCGCUGGACACACAAGCGGUACCGCGGCGGCAAUGGGUCCGCACGCUGGACCAGGCCAUCCUCACGCGGGACAUCCGCACGCGGCGCAUCCUCACUCGACUCUCGCCGCAGCCGCGGCCGCGCCGUUUUAUGCGCAGAACGUCGCGAUGAUGUCCUCAUGGCGCGCCUACGACGGUACUGGAUUUCAACGUGCAUCGCCUUAUGACACCGCGAUGGAUUUCCAAUUUGGUGAGGGUCGCGAAUGCGUUAAUUGUGGCGCGAUAUCGACGCCGCUCUGGCGAAGAGAUGGCACCGGUCAUUACCUUUGCAAUGCAUGCGGACUUUAUCACAAGAUGAACGGCAUGAAUAGGCCGCUGAUCAAGCCCUCAAAACGCCUGACUGCAACGAGGCGACUCGGGCUGUGCUGCACCAACUGCGGCACUCGCACCACCACCUUAUGGAGGCGCAAUAACGAGGGUGAGCCAGUGUGCAACGCUUGUGGAUUAUACUUCAAAUUACAUGGGGUCAAUAGGCCGCUAGCCAUGCGAAAGGAUGGUAUACAAACACGAAAGAGAAAACCGAAGAAGACUCCAGAACAGAACGCUAGAUCGUCCCAGGGUGAUCAUGAAAGCACUGCCUCGACUACAUCCUCCCCUUCUACAGACUUGAAGAACAAUCAACAACAGCAGCAGCAACAACAGCAACAUCAGAUCGAGGUGCCAAAGUCAUCGGGCUCAUCGACGUCGACCGAUAGACCUGUUUACCUCGGACAUACUUCUCUUUUGGCAACUGGAAAUGUACCUGCUGUGAAAACGGAACCGCGAAGUUGCGACGGUGUCGUUGGUCAACCGUACUCAUCUUAUUAUCAACAUCCUCAUCAAUUAACUGUUACGAGCGAACAUCAGCAACAGAGUUAUUACGGCACCCAGGAGGCACCCUAUCACCAUCAACAUCAUGUCACUACAGCCGCAAAAUUACUCGCGUCCUCGUAA